CAAAGGCAUGGGCUGCUCUCAAGGGUGUACACGCUCCUGCAACAGCGGUCGUGGCUGUGGUCUUGGAGCGGCAAAUGGCGGCACUUAGAAUUGACGAAGACGAACAAGUGGAGGAAGGAGUGCAGAAAUUCUUCGACUUGUUGACACGGCUCGAAGAAGCUGAGCUGAACUACACAAGCGUCAGCACCAAGAGUGAAGCGGUUGGUGGCGGUGAUCACGGAAAGCAAAGUGACACCAAGAGUGACUCAAAGGAAUGCAAUCUUGGAGAGACCAGCAAGGCGUGUGAACCCAAGGAGAAUGGUGCAGCAGCCAAAUGUGGUGGAAAUGAGGAGGAGAAGCCUAAGAUCAGCAAAGCAGAAGCGGCAAAGGAGAAAGGAGAGAGCUUGUGGGGCACAAUUGCGAGUGCCGCUUUCUCCAACCCGACUUCCGCUACGGGAGAGUGUGAUUGGCUGACCUUGCAUCGGCGAAUGGGGCAUGUGGCGUUGCCCAUUUUGCAGCAGAUUGUUAAGCAAGAGAUGGUCAGUGGGAUAUGUAUCAAGGGGGAGCCCAAUGAG